AUGGGCCUCCUGCGGAAGAUGGGGUGGGUGAGAAUGCUCACAGCCAAGGUCCAACUUGGACUGAUCUGGGGGAAGAUAAAGGAAGCUCUGCUGCCGCUGGGGUGCUCCCAAUGUGGCUGCAGUUGCCCCCAGAGUCCUGGGAACCUGCUGAUUCUUCUGCUGUUCCUGAUUUGGCAGUUUAGGAGAACGUGUCACCGAUGGCUCCCAACAAAGCAGGAUGGGAGUCAAAGCAUGGUCCUCCCAUUUCUAUUUCCUACUUACCCUAACUUCCUAGAGAGAAUCCAAAGUUGGCAGCCCCUGAGCUGGAAAAGAGCUCUGUUCCACAAGGAGGAAGAAGAGGAAGAGGAAGAGGAGCAGGAGGAUGAAGAGGAGAAAGAGAAGGAUAUGUUGGGACAGAUGAGGCUAGCCCCUUGGUGGUAUUUUCACCAUAGGAAGAUGGAGGCUGAGCAGAAGGCCUUAGGGACACCGAAUAAAGAAGUGGGGAAUCUACACCCCUCAUUCUUGGGCCCUCAUGGGGCAUAUCAGCCCUUUGUGGGUUCCAAAGAAUUCCCAGUCAAAACAGUGACACCAGAGCCAAUGCCCAACUCUCACUACCCUCACAGCUCUACUGGCCUGAUCCAGGCCCCCACCUCCCUUUGUCCCUUGUCUACUUCAAGUGCCAAGGCAAAAGGGUACAUCCAGCUCUUCUGGGGUCUCCCUUCCCUUCACAGUGAGUCCUUGGGGGUCACUUUCCCAAAGUCUGGUUGCACCUUUCCCACUGGGACCACUAAUCAACAGUCACCUUCUGACACUCCUCUUAUCUUCUUCAAUGAGCUUUCUUACCUCCCCUUGCCCAACCUAUCGGUUAAAACUGUGUCUCUUCCUCCCCUGUACCUCCUCUCAAUCUCUCCCCUCCCUGUCUUGCAUGGAAACUGUGAGGCUACAGAAAUGGCAUCCUCUGAGCUCCCAAAUGAACCAGAAGCCCCAUGGCAGGCCUCUGAGUCCCAACACCCAAUCCUACCUUUACUAUCUCCCCCACAUUCCCCAGUGAAGCCUCAAGAAGCUGACGUCAUGGAAGUCACAAAAGUGAUGGCUUCAGAUGAACAUGAGGUCCUUGGGCCUCAAGAUGUGCAACAUAGCGAACUACCCUGGCCCCCUGAAUCUGUAUCCCAGACCUCCAGCCCUCCCUUAGUCCCCCUUCCUCAACCCCAAGAUCCAGAGGAAGACCCCAAAGUGAUAGGCUCUGAGGCCCUAUUGGAGGACCAAUGGCAGAACCAGUUUCCCCAGGACACUGACCCCUCAGCCCCAGCCCUCAAUGCAUCUCCACCACAUCUGCUUGAGCCUCAGGGAGCUAGCCUCAUGGGAGGCUCACGUGGGAGUGAGACUGCCCCCCUGAAUCUUCAUGGGCCCAAGGACUCAUGCUAUAACACCCAGCAAAGUGAACUGCCCUGGGCUGCUGAGACUCCAGCCUCCUGCCUCAGCCUGCACACCUCACCUGAGCCCCAAGGAACUGGCUUUACAGAAAAUCCCUUUGUGAUUCCUCAUGUGCCUGAGGUCCCAUGGGAUACCAUGCAAGAGAAAGAACCUCCCUGGCCUGCUGAGCCUCCAGCCCCGGUGCUUAACAUGAACUCCCAGACUGAGCUGCAAGGAGCCAGCUCCACAGAAGUUCCAAAAGGGACAGCCCCAAGUUGGGACAGAAUGCAGACCCAGCCUCCUUGGACCUCAGUCCUGUCUUCAUUCCCUCAGGCUGAACCUCAAGGAGCCCACUUUGAGGAAAGCUCUGUCCCCUUAGCUAGUCCAGAGCUCCCAGGAUGGGAAGUCCAGCAAAUACAUCUGCCCUGUACCCCAAGGCACAAUACCCCUCCCCUGGAGCCCCCAUCCCAGACCUGGCCUAUCACUUUGAGGGUGCCAGCUGAAACUGAAGAGGACAAGCACCACCCACCAGGAUCCCUCACAGGAGAUAUACUCUCAAUGUCCAGGAUAGUGACCUCCAUGCCCCAGGAGGACGGAGCAAUAGGAAAAGCACCUCUCCACCCCCAGGGGAUCCUGAGCCCUGGAACUGAAGGUUGUGCCUGGAACAGAGAAUCCAAAAUCCAGAUUAAGAAAUACCAGUAUAACCCUGGUCCCCAUUCCCUAGCUCCCAGUCCCCCACUCCCUGGCCAAUUUUUACCUAGGAUCCCCAUUCAACAAGACCUCUGCCCCCUGGCUACCUCCUACCCCCCAACUUGUCAGAUUCCAGCCCCCAACCCUACCUCCCAAGGGGCUGUAGGAGCCCUGUCCUCUAACUGUGCCCAUGUCCAAGCAAAGAAGGCUAUAUCUCAAGAUACUCAGCCCCUACACUGCCAUCCUCCUGCUGUCCCUCAGCUACAGCUGCAGAAGCUUGCUAGAGACGGGCAGGGCCCUUCCAGGGAAAAGAGAGAAGUCCCCUUGAUGCCUCUCCAGACUCCUGACCUCCAGGCCACCAAGGUCCCAGAGCCCCAGUCCCUGAGUCAGUACAACAAGAACAUGGCGGCUGCCAAAAUGCCAUGUGUGCACAGGAGGGCAAGACAAGAGGGGUCUGUGAGGUCAGAGCCCCCACCCCCAGACAAGAGCCAAGCCAAGACCACAGUCCCCAGACGGAAGAGAGAACACUCUAGGAAAUCCAAACCUGGAGACCAGGGAGGAGGGGAUGCAGGAUGGGAAGUGUCCCCAUCCAAAGGAAAGAGUCGCUCGUCGGAGGGCAAGAAGUUUUCAAGUCACCGUCCUGCAAGAAGGUCCUUGGUGUCACCACGUGAGGCGAACAGGAAUCUUUGUCAAACUGCUUCCCAACCAGAGCUACCCCAGUCUUCUAAGGCUGAGACUUCCCAAAUUCUGCCCUCACAGGGCCCUUCAAAGGGUCAGGGCACAGGUGGUGGUGACAGCUUGGACUCCCGACACCAGCAGAACCGCCCCCAAGGGGGCCGGGGUCCACGAAGGGAGGCAGAGAAAGAGAGCUCCUCUGGUUCCUCUGGCCCAGCUAAGAGACGCCUACAGAAGUUUCUGCGAGGGCUUCUGAACAGCCUAUACAGCCGAAGAGCUCAGUCAGUGCAGUGUCUGCAGGCAGCAAUGAAAAUAGCCCAGGGUUCUAGGUCUGGCCAGGCUCUGCGUCUGACACCCCAAUAA